GUACUCGCACCCUCACACACACUCUCCCGAGAACCAGAAGUCGGUUGGGUGUUUAUAUAAUGAAGAAUUAUGGGGCUGUUUGAUCGAGGUGUUCAAAUGCUUUUAACCACCGUUGGUGCUUUCGCUGCCUUCAGCCUGAUGACCAUAGCUGUGGGAACCGACUAUUGGCUCUACUCCAGAGGGGUUUGCAAGACCAAAAGUGUCAGUGAGAAUGAAACCAGCAAAAAGAACGAGGAAGUUAUGACCCAUUCUGGAUUAUGGAGAACCUGCUGCCUAGAAGGGAACUUCAAAGGUCUGUGCAAGCAAAUCGAUCACUUCCCAGAGGAUGCAGAUUACGAAGCUGACACAGCAGAAUAUUUCCUCCGGGCCGUGAGGGCCUCGAGCAUUUUCCCGAUCCUGAGUGUGAUUCUGCUGUUCAUGGGUGGACUGUGCAUCGCCGCCAGCGAGUUCUACAAGACUCGACACAACAUCAUCCUGAGUGCCGGCAUCUUCUUCGUGUCUGCAGGUCUGAGUAACAUCAUUGGCAUCAUCGUGUACAUAUCUGCCAAUGCCGGAGACCCCUCCAAGAGCGACUCCAAAAAGAAUAGUUACUCAUACGGCUGGUCCUUCUACUUCGGGGCCCUGUCCUUCAUCAUCGCCGAGAUGGUCGGGGUGCUGGCCGUGCACAUGUUUAUCGACCGGCACAAACAGCUGCGGGCCACGGCCCGCGCCACGGACUACCUCCAGGCCUCCGCCAUCACCCGCAUCCCCAGCUACCGCUACCGCUACCAGCGCCGCAGCCGCUCCAGCUCGCGCUCCACGGAGCCCCCACACUCCAGGGACGCCUCCCCCGUGGGCAUCAAGGGCUUCAACACCCUGCCGUCCACGGAGAUCUCCAUGUACACCCUCAGCAGGGACCCCCUGAAGGCCGCCACCACGCCCACCGCCACCUACAACUCCGACAGGGAUAACAGCUUCCUCCAAGUUCACAACUGUAUCCAGAAGGAGAACAAGGACUCUCUCCACUCCAACACAGCCAACCGCCGGACCACCCCCGUAUGAAGACGGGGGGCCUCGCCAGCGCCGGGCACGGCCGGGAGCAGGGCGCGGCCGCCGAGGGGCAGGGGCGGCGCGGGGCGCGGGAGGGAGCCCACACCAUCCCCGGGGAGACCUUCCAAAA